AUGGGAGGAAGUAGUUCAAAAGGCUCUCAUAAGAGACAUGUAACUUCACCAUCUUCAUCUUCAUCAUAUGGGAAGUUGGAUAGGAGAUAUUCAAGGAUUGCUGAUGAUUAUCAUUCUCUGGAUGAGGUUACUGCUGCUCUUUCACAUGCUGGCUUGGAAUCGUCGAAUCUAAUUGUUGGCAUUGAUUUCACAAAGAGCAAUGAGUGGACAGGGAAGAGGUCAUUCAAUCGAAAGAGUUUACAUCACAUUGGAAAUGGUCAAAAUCCUUAUGAGCAAGCAAUUGCGAUUAUUGGGAAAACAUUAACCUCUUUUGACGAGGAUAACAUGAUUCCGUGUUUUGGAUUUGGAGAUGCAUCAACACAUGAUCAAGACGUCUUCAGUUUCCAUUCGGAUGAGAGGUUCUGCAAUGGAUUUGAGGAAGUUUUGUCAAGAUAUAGAGAGAUUGUUCCAUGCCUCCGACUCGCAGGACCAACCUCAUUUUCCCCUAUUAUUGAAAUGGCCAUGACUAUUGUUGAGAAAAGUGGUGGCCAAUAUCAUGUCUUGCUUAUAAUUGCUGAUGGACAGGUGACUAGAAGCGUUGACACAGAGAAUGGCAAGCUAAGUUCACAGGAAAAGAAGACAAUUGACGCAAUAGUAAAAGCUAGCGAGUAUCCACUAUCGAUAGUUUUGGUUGGAGUUGGAGAUGGCCCGUGGGAUAUGAUGAGGGAGUUUGAUGAUAACAUUCCAGCUCGAGCCUUCGACAACUUUCAGUUUGUGAAUUUUACUGAAAUAAUGUCAAAGAAUGUGGAUUCAAACCGAAAAGAGACGGAGUUUGCUCUAGCUGCUUUGAUGGAGAUACCAUCUCAAUAUAAGGCAACCAUAGAUCACAACCUAUUGGGGACACGAAGGGGACAUUCACCAGACAGGGUUCCAUUACCUCCACCUCAAUAUGAUAGAGCUUCUUCUAGUAACAGCGCAGCAUAUAUCCGUUCAAACAGUUUUCAGCAGGGCGCAGCAUAUAUCCGUUCAAACAGUUUUCAGCAGAGUACUCAUUCGAAUGCGAGCAACAACAAUGAAAUGAACACAGAACCGUCUUCGUCUGGUUUAUAUGACAAUAAGGUUUGCCCGAUUUGUCUUACUAAUGCGAAGGAUAUGGCCUUCGGCUGCGGGCAUCAGACUUGUUGCGAAUGUGGAGAAAGCCUUGAACUCUGCCCUAUUUGUCGGAGUACAAUCGAAACCAGAAUAAAGCUUUACUGA